UUUUGACAUUCCUAUAAAAUAUCAUGUUCUUUUUUAUUUUUAGAGUUGUUUGUUUCCUACAACUUAUUAUCUCUAUUGUUUUUUCUCAGCCUGGCUGCUCCAUUUGUCAGAUGAGUCCUUGUCAGAAUGGAGGUACAUGUAAUUGUACACUUGAUUCAGCUCCUUCUAAUUACACCUGUGACUGUACUGGUACUGGCUAUCAAGGAAUUAAUUGUACAGUUGCUCAACUCCCAUUCAUUCAUCCUCCCAGUUAUAAUUUGCUCAUGAAUCAAGAUGAUGAUUGUGCCAAUGUGACAUUGCCAACCUCAGUUCAGAUUGGACCCUUCUACUACAAAAUAGCUUAUGUUUGUAGCAAUGGUUUAGUCAGUUUUAAUACUUCAUAUGCUUCCUAUACUCCGGAAUUAUUUCCUCUCAGUGUUGAAUUUCCUCCUGUAAUAGCUCCAUAUUGGGAUGACAUUGUACUGGUUGGAUCAAGAGAACUACGUUAUCAAGUUAUCUCUGGGUCUUCUUCUAUUGCUACUCAAGUCAAUAAUUUUUUAACAAGUUACACUGGCAAACCAUUUAACCUUGAUUGGUUACUGUGGGCUUAUUGGUAUAAUGUAUGUCCAUACACAGAUGAUAGCUGCUUGACACAUCAGUCAAACUUCUUCCAGCUUGUAUAGCAGUUCAAGGAGAUGCAACAUAUUCCAU